GUUGCGGUGCUUCGCUACAUCAAGCAACGAAGUGUGUACAGCGUUAAUGGGAGAAGCAAUAUGCCGAAACAUGAAAAACCUAAACUAUUUAAAAUUAGGUGUACAGAAGAGGCAAAAAAAUUUGGUAUAGCGGCAUUUACACUGAAAGAGCUGAUCCAGAAAGGAUGCAAAUUAUUUCAGUUGUUGGAGAGGAAAACACAUUGUUGCUUAUACGAAGACGGGACCAUACUGACAGAUGAGUAUUUCCAACGCCUUCCCGACAACACGGAGCUAGUUCUCCUCUCUGAUGGACAGAGCUGGAAUAAAUUGGUGUAUGAGCUCGGUCGGGUACUGGGCACAGACGCACACGCAGAUGACCUGAUCAGCGCGGCACGGAAGCUCCAGACGGAUGAAAUUUCUGCCAAAUGGCAAAAAAUCGUCUGUGACUUCCUGUGCAACAUGAAGGACAACGCGGACAUGGAGAACAGAGAUGACGAUUCGGACUGGUUUGAAGGGAUCGACACCAGGUUUAAGACAAAGUCCUCAUAUAUGAAGUACAACUGUGAGCAAAGGAUACGGGGUUACCUGAAGGAGGUUCAAGGGCAUGCGCAGACUAUUAAGAAUGCUAAGCAAAAACGUGAAUAUGACAAGGUUGUUGCCAGCUUGGCAGAAAAACUGAAAUCUGCACAUUAUCAUGGCACUUACUUUGACAGAACAGAGAAGGAGCGGCAUCGAUUGUGCACGACAGAGGGGUGGUUCUCGUGUCAGGGUGCUUUUGACCAGGACAAAUGUAAGCUUCUUCAUUCAAUAAACCCAUACUGCAACCGUGAGAACAGAAUCCUCUUCAGCACCUGGAAUCUGGACCAUAGAAUUGAGAAGAAAAGAGCCAUCAUACCCACUCUUGUUGAAGUACUUCAUGGUAAAAAAAGCAGUGACAUAAACCUAGACUACUUCUAUAAACUGCUGUUCACCCAAAACAACCUCAGACUUGUUCACAUAGUUUGCCACAAGAAAGGGGUUCAUGACUUAACAUGUAAUUCUAAUCUAGUGUAUAAAUGUGUUAAAAAGACUCGGCAUUGAAAUGGACUAUAAGCAAAUUAUGGAUUCCAUAGAUUAGUUAGAGGAAAGUGUUAAAUGCUGUACACAAUAUACAAAAAACCCCCACAGGUAUAACUUUUUAAAACAUAUUUUAAAAAGUAAGAAUAAAAUUAUAGGGCAAUUAUAGGGUAUAGGGCAGUGGUUAAGGUAACUAACUUGUAAGCGGAAGGUUGCUGGUUCAAGCCCCGCCAUGGCUGGGCCCCUGAUCGAGGCCCUUAACCAUCAGUUGCUCAAGUUGUACUCAGUCAUAAUUGUAAGUCAUUUUUGACAAAGUGUCAGCUAAAUGCAGUAAAUGAAGUGUUGUAGGUUUCCCUUGCAUCUAAAAACUAAUAACCAGUAGCAGUUGGCUAAGCUCUGGCUGCUCCCAACCAGCUCCAUUCCUCCCCACCCCAUGACUCGCUCACACACACUGCUUUUCCCUCCCUGUGCCACUUUCCUCAAACAAACAAACACCUUCCCUCUGCUGCUAAUAAACUAGAGCUUCUCUGACUA